CAUGAUUCUCUCUUCCUUACCUCGGUUGGUGCUAAUGAAAUAUUUCAGUGGGAAUGGGCGGUGGACCUGGAGGACAACAGAAUGCACCCGCAAUGGAUUCCGCAAGCUCGACAAGCUCAGCAGGCAUUCCUUCAUCAACCGGUGGUUCUACUGACUCUACCACUGGUUCCGAUGGUACAGACCCGAGCACAGACUCGAGCACAGAUCCUAGCGCGGACCCAUCUGCGGACCCAUCUACCGACUCAUCUACAGACCCAGCUACAAGUACUGGAGACACUGCUACAGAUUCAAGCGCUGACACCAGCGCAACUUCUGAUACUUCGGAUGGUGCCACCGCCGACGGGUCUGACGGUGCGGCUGUCAAGAGAGGAACCUACGGACGAUGGCUCGGUCGCCGCAGGCUAUAAAUUUCCCCAUAGCAUCUAAAGUCGUUGGCUCUUUACGUCGGAAUAUGUAGUUCGUUAGUCUGUAUUCAAUCAGAAGUGCCGA